CAGAAAUUAAGAACUUAAAAUGUAAAAAAAAAGUGGACAAAAGCAUGGAAGAUAAUCUGAGCGUCUGAGAUGGAGUGGGUGUGGGAAACGUAGGGAGAUGAACUCUGUCACAUAACAGGACUAUAUAAGCUGUCAGAGGAAUGUGUGACUUAUCUUUUCAAGUCUCCUUUUUUGAACUAUGAAUUGGAGUUACCUGGCUACGCAGGUCCACAGCCUUUUCCAGUGUUCUCUUUACCCAACAACAAAGAGUGUCAGCUCUAUUAUUUCAAUGAUUGGCCGUGCCCAGCCAUGCUGUUUCCUCCCCACCAUUUUUGGCCAUUCUGGGCAGUUUCAGGCCUCCUGUCUGCCCCCAGCCGGCUUCAGUUCCUGGUCACUGCUCUUGUGCUCACAGUUGUCAACUGCAGAUCCCUUCAAAGAGAAUGUUGCAGAUCACAACUGUGAUCAUGACGGCCCUCUCCCUAGCUUCUCUGCUGAAUAUCCAAAAAGGGGCAGCAGACAUCAAGGAGGACCAUGUGAUAAUGGUAGUUGCAUUUAUACAGAUGCAUACACCAUCAGUGGAGGUCAUGCUUGAGUACGAUGAAGAUGAGAUAUGCCAUGUGGAUGAGGACAAGAGGCAGAUGAUCUGGCGUCUGCCAGAGUUUGGCCAAGCCAUUACCGUUGAUGAUAAGGAUCUUAACGAACUACUGGCCAUGAUUCCUGCAAUAAAGACAGGCUUGAAUGUCUUGAUCCAGCGCUCCAACCACACCCAGGCUGCCAACGAGGCCCCCGAGGUGACUGUGUUUCCCAAGGAGCCUGUGGAGCUGGGCCAGCCCAACACGCUCAUCUGCCACAUCGACAAGUUCUUCCCACCCGUGCUCAACGUCACGUGGCUGCGCAAUGGGCAGCUGGUCACCGAGGGGGUGACCGAGAGCAUCUUCCUGCCUAGCACAGAGUUCCGGUUCCACAAGUUCCACUACCUGACCUUCCUGCCCACGGCUGACGAUGUGUAUGACUGCAAGGUGGAGCACUGGGGCCUGGAGCAGCCGCUCCUAACACACUGGGAGGCCCAGGAGCCGAUCCAGAUGCCUGAGAUGACAGAGACCGUGGUUUGUGCUCUGGGCCUGCUGGUGGGCCUGGUGGGCAUCGUCGUUGGCACUAUCCUCAUCAUGCAGGCUCUGCAUUCCAGUCAUAAUCCUCGGGCCCAGGGGCCGCUGUGA